GGUUUAACGCGAAUUUGGUCAUUAGAAGUACCAGGAGCCACUGUCUUUGUUUAUGCUGCUAUAUUGGUGACUUCAAACUCAUAACCACAUCGAUUUUCAUGGCAGUUCUGUGAUCAAGCUAUGCGAGAACAGGCGCACAAAGUCUCUCCACAGUAUAACGAAAACUCUGUAACUGCAUUUUUAAGCAGUUGUGCAUUCGUAGCGUUCCUGAAACUGAAUCUGUACUGAAUCAUUGUAACCAUGGUUCGGAUGUUUGGACUGCUUCUGACGGCCACCGGGCCCAUCAAAACAAAUGCAGUGGGCAAAAAUACUAGUGCAAUUGCAGCGUUGAAGUAUUGUGGGUCGACGGUGACGAAUGUGGGUUUAAAGAGAAGUCUGUUGCUUGGAGGAAAACAAGUCACUGCUUUCGCCAGGUUGCUCUCCGUGAAGCCUCCAAGAGGUUUUGAGAAGUAUUUCCCCAAGCAGAGUGAAGAUUCUGGAGAGUCCCCUGGUGUCAUGAAAUCAUGUGAUGAACCCAAAAAUGUGAACUCCAAUGAUCCUCUUCCAAGUGAAACUAGAAGGAAAGUACAUUGGGGAGGUAGUGGCAGAAAGGAAGGAGGAGGUGGACAUGGAGGAGGAGACAAAGGCGGAGAUGACAGCUGGUGGACCCGCAUACAGAGGGGCGACUUCCCGUGGGACAAGAAACAUUUCCAGUACAUGGCUUUUGCAGCCGCCGGAAUGCUGUCAGCGUUUGUUUACUUGCACUUAAGGGAGACCGGAAGAGAGAUCUCCUGGAGAGAUUUUGUGAACCACUACCUCACACGAAGACUGGUUGACCGUCUUGAAGUGAUUAACAAGCAGUACGUCAAAGUGAUCCCAGCACCAGGAGUGCACACUUCUGAUGUGAGUUACCUGUGGUUCAACAUAGGAAGUGUGGAGACAUUCGAGCGUAACCUUGAGCUGGCACAGCAGGAGCUGGGCAUGGAAUCUCCUCACAAAGUGCCAGUGGUGUACAGCACGGAGAGCGAUGGAUCCUUCCUGAUGAACAUCCUCCCUACAGCACUUCUGAUUGGAUUCCUGCUCUUCACUCUGAGGCAAGGGCCAAUGAUGGGUGGCCGUGGGGGUGGUGGGGGCGGGGCCCGAAACAACCCCUACAGCAUGAGUGAAUCCAAAGCCAAGAUGAUGAAGGGCAACAUUGACGUCAGGUUUAAGGACGUGGCUGGCUGUGAAGAGGCCAAGAUUGAGAUCAUGGAGUUUGUGAACUUCCUGAAAAGCCCUAAACAAUACCAAGACCUAGGAGCCAAAAUCCCCAAGGGUGCUGUCUUAUCAGGACCCCCAGGGACUGGGAAGACUCUACUGGCCAAAGCCAUGGCUGGAGAGGCCAACGUCCCUUUCAUCUCAGUCAGUGGCUCAGAGUUUCAGGAGGUGUAUGUUGGAGUUGGGCCAGCUAGGAUGAGAGACAUGUUCGACAUGGCCAGAAAGAAUGCUCCGUGCAUCCUCUUCAUCGACGAGAUCGAUGCCGUGGGCAGAAAGAGGGGCAAGGGGGAGUUUGGUGGGCAGAGCGAGCAGGAGAACACGCUGAACCAGCUGCUGGUGGAGAUGGACGGCUUCAAAAGCAGCACCAACGUGGUCGUCUUGGCAGGAACCAAUCGAGUGGACGUCUUGGACCCUGCUCUGAUGAGGCCUGGCCGAUUCGACAGGCAGAUCUACAUCGGUCCACCUGACAUCAAAGGCAGGGCGUCUAUCUUUAAGGUGCAUCUGCGUCCACUGAGGCUGGACCUCAGUAUAGAUCCAGAUGUCCUUGCCAGGAAGCUUGCUGCUUUAACCCCUGGCUUCACCGGUGCUGACAUAGCCAAUGUGUGCAAUGAAGCAGCACUCAUUGCUGCCAGACAUCUCAACAAGUCAAUCAAGGCUAAGCACUUUCAACAGGCCAUUGAUAGAGUUGUUGGAGGGCUGGAGAAGAAGACCCAGGUCCUUCAGCUCACUGAGAAGACAACAGUGGCCUACCAUGAAGCGGGCCAUGCUGUGGUGGGCUGGUUCCUGGAACAUGCUGACCCCCUUCUCAAGGUGUCUAUCAUUCCUCGAGGGAAAGGCCUGGGUUAUGCGCAGUACCUGCCGAAGGAGCAGUACCUCUUCACCCGCGAGCAGCUUUUUGACAGGAUGUGUAUGAUGCUGGGAGGUCGAGUGGCGGAGCAGACGUUCUUUGGCAGGAUAACCACGGGGGCCCAGGAUGACUUGAGGAAGGUCACACAGUCUGCCUAUGCACAGAUUGUACAGUUUGGCAUGAAUGACUCCCUGGGUCAGAUGUCCUAUGACCUGCCCCAGCCAGGGGAGCUCAUGUCUGAGAAGCCUUACAGUGAAGCCACGGCGCAGCUCAUCGACCGAGAGGUGCGCCAACUUAUCGACAAGGCCUUCGUAGCGACGCAGCAGCUCAUCACCGCCAAACAGGAUUUAGUGGAACUGGUUGGUAAGCGACUUUUAGAGAAUGAAGUCUUGGACAAAGGGGACAUGUUGGAGCUGCUGGGGCCAAGGCCCUUCGAGGAGAAAUCGUCCUACGAGGAGUUUGUGGAGGGCACAGGCACUUUUGAGGAGGACACAAGUCUUCCUGACGGCUUGAAAAACUGGAACCAGGAGAAGAAUGAGUCUGAGGAUCCCCCACAGCAGCUUAAAGGGGCCGUGUACUUGUAGUCUGAUAGUAGGGCUUGGGGGCAUAACCUGGAGCUUGGCCUUCUCCCAGCAGGAUCAGUGGAGAGCUGUGGGGAUACUGGACACACUGUACAUACUGUACGGGUGCAGUGGGGUAAGAGGCUUUGGUUUCAAAGCUGACCUGCUUCCCUAGAUGGACAGUUCAAUUCCACUGACCUGGAAUGUGCAGUCUUCUGAACGUUAUGUUCAGCUGUUUUUUUUAAGGUGCUGGAUUAUGCGCGUUGCAAGGCGAUACUGGACACAUUUGAUUUCAAGGUGGCAGCAGAGGACUUCACCGUAAGGAAAAAAAGGAGAAGGUUACGUGAUGCCAUGUAGGCCUAGAUUUUUAAACAGCUGAUAAAGUUUACAAAUGUUUCUUUAAAGCCAAAAUUGUAUAGGCUAAUGUUGAGGUUUUGCUCAACCGUUGCCGUCAGGUUGGCUGGGUCAUUUGUGUUCAGAAAAUAGUCGAACUGAUUUGAGGUUGUUCUUUUGUCAACCUAGGUGUACAUUAUAUUGGCGUUCGUAACAUAGACUGUUAUGGAAACGUGACCAGUAAGUUUCAAAUUUGUCCGGUAAAAUAAGUUAUUUCCGUACACCGGAUCGGAAACCCUGGUUUGUGUGUGUGUGUGUGUGUGUGUGUAUGUGUGCGUGCGUGCGUGCGUGCCUCUGUAUGUGUCUAAUUUGUGGACGUGGAUUUGUGGUGCUGAAACCAAGAUGUACAUUUCAAUUAAAAUAUGGUGCCUUUUAUUAAAUAUAACAGAAGUUUAUUCAUGUGGUUUCUGAUUUCCAACAUUUUGCAUUCCAGCUGGAAAGAGUUUUUGUCCAUGCUGUUACUCCAAGUGAAGUCAGUUUUUUUUGUCUGUGAAUAAAAAAAGUAAUUUGUACUUUUGAUAGUGUUUGGCAAGAUUUGUCAUGUGUACCAGUAAAAAUGAAGUGAUCAA